GGUAGGACGCGAAAUUAUGUGAGGAUAUGGAGUGCAUGUGGCUCACAAGCUAUCACACUUUAUUUAUUUAUGGUGCACUGAUUUCGGAAAAUAUUUUCAAAGGCCUUCUGAUUCAUUAUUAUGCAUAAACUAUUGAUAAACCUUCAAUCGACUGUCAGAGUUCUUCUAACAAGUACGUAUGAGAACCCAAAAUAAUGGAUUCCCAUUGUUAUAUAAAGCCUGGCUAUGUUACGUCAAAGGUGGUUACUAAUAAUUCAUCAAUUUUCCUUAAUUCACGACUGGUUAGUGAUGUGAUUUCACACCAGUUAAAUAUUACACCGUGCUCAUUAGUUUCAAGAAAGUGAAUACAUAGUUCGGUCGGACUAUAACUAAAUAUUUACUUAGGCUGAACUAGGACCGUUUCAUCGUUCCCUUGUAGAAUAUAUUUCCUUGUGAUGAAAUAAAAAUGCAGCAGCAAGUCCCACCGUUGGCUCUGUUGAUAAGUUCGUUGGCAUAUUUCUACAAUUCCGUAAACGACGUUGUUCCUCCAGUGUUUCGUGGUCCUUUGAGAAGCGGUUUAAUCUUGGACAGGAGUACAAUAUUAAGUGAAACAACGUAUGGCUCACUUAAAGGAUUAAAAGAAGUUUCCAGAAAUGGAAGAAGAUACUUUAGUUUCAGAGGUAUCCCAUAUGCAGCUCCGCCCGUCCACAACCUACGAUUUGAGCCUCCAGAGCCCCCUCAAUCGUGGAGUAAAGUCCGAGACGCCACGCGGUAUGGAGCUGAAUGUCUUCAAAUGAACAUCAUUACUCGCAUGACAAUUUCUGGAAAUGAGGAUUGUUUAUUCCUAAACGUUUUCACCCACAGGAUUUCUAGCAGAAAAGGAAGAUCUCAGCUUCACAAAAGACAAUUGGAUCCUGUGAUUGUUUUCAUCCAUGGAGGUAUUUUCAUGAGCGGUGGUUCAAAUAUUUACCGACCAAAAUAUUUCAUGGAUGAAGAUGUAGUACUUGUCACAUUAAACUAUCGUCUUGCAUCGUUCGGUUUCCUUAAUACUGGAGAUGGUGUGAUAGCUGGGAACAUGGGAUUGAAGGAUCAAACAAUGGCUCUGAGAUGGGUGUCAGAAAAUAUAGCCCAAUUCGGGGGAGAUCCUGGAAGGGUGACCCUCAUGGGCGAGUCAGCGGGUGCGGCUGCAGUUCAUUGCCAUAUGCUUUCUCCACUCUCCAAAGGUCUGUUUCACAGGGCCAUCAGCAUGUCUGGUACGGCGAUAUCACCGUGGGCAUUAAUCGAAAAUCCCCAUUUACAAGCCAUGGAAUUUGCAAAUGAUCUUGACUGUCCCACUGACAAUAUAACAAUGAUGGUCGCUUGCCUAAAAUCUCUGGAUGCUAAUAGAAUUACAAGAGUUCAUUUUGGAUACAUCAAUAAUCUUGCCAACAACAAGAGAUCAGUGUACGGACCAACGGUAGAAAGUGCCAUAAAAAAUGCGUUCCUUCCGGCCGAGCCUAUUCAUUUGCUAAAGGCAGGGAAAAUUCCUUCCUCAGUUCCAUGGAUGACGGGAGUCAAUUCAGAAGAAGGAUUGGUUUACCUCAUACCAAUAAUUAGAAAUGCGACAAUGAACCGGCUGGUCAAUUCAGGAUGGGAUCAAAUGGCUGCCAAAUUUUUGAACCUUCACCCCUCAGAAGUUAACCCAACGUUACUCAAAGAUAUUAAGCAGUUUUAUCUGAACAACUCUGAAAUUAACCUGCAAACCAUCAAAAUGUCAGCGAAUAUGAUUUCUGACCGAGCAUUUUUCUUGGAUAACCAUGACGCGGCGGUAUUGCACUCUCGAGUGGCGAAUGUGUACCCUUAUUACUACACGUAUAGCGGGAGAUAUGCCAUGGCCAAGUUGCUCUUUGUAAAAAGCCAACUUCCGUUCCGGCUUCCAGAUCGAUACGAUUUUGCGAUUGGGACCCUUAGCAGUUGGUUCCUCGAAUACGUUCUGCGCAUAAAAGAGCCAAACUAUGUGGGAAUUGGACACUCGGACGAAAUGGUUUUGUUCUUUAACACUCCUUUCAUAAGACGGGAAAUUGUUCCCGAAGACGAAGAUUAUGUCUUUUCAAAGGCAUUAAUCAGUUUGUGGGUGACAUUUGCAGAGACUGGUGUGCCAAAUACAAAAAUUCUUCAUAUCCCUCCGUGGAAUCCAAUACGCAAUGUGGCUUCCGGAAAUCACACACUUUCGCGAUAUCACCUUGAUAUUGAACCCCGAAUGGGUCAAGAACCAUUUUUUGAGCGAUUAAAAUUUUGGAAAGCACGCAACAUUUCGUAUAUUAACUAAAUGACUAGGUCAUCAUUAUGUUAUUUAAUUACUACAGUAUUAUGAAUUGAUUGGCGGAAUCGGUACAUUGUUCCUCUUAACGCAUAAUUAUUAUUUCAAAUGAGAAAUACCUAUUUUAGAUUAUAUCACUCGCCAAUGCAAUUUAAUAUUUAAAUAGUAAUACAGGAAUAUGAAUUGAAUUGUGUACCGACAUGUGCGAUCCCGUGGUUGACCUAAAUGUUAUCCAAUUAAUAAAAAUAAGAUAAACAAAAGUUUCAAUAAAAAAACAAAGGUCAUUGAA